GCGGAAGUAGUAGUACCAGAAGGACGUUUGUUUACAUGUUGAUAUGAUAAUUUUUCCUCAUUUUUUCUAGGUAGUUUAAAACGUUCGUGAAAAGCUUAAUUAUAAGAUAAUCAUUUUAUAAAUGGCCCGACAGCUGAGUACCUCAUUUUCUGACCUUCUUCUCUGUGCCAUGGCAUUCUAUGUUGCAUAUGAGUGGCACAGAGUGGGUAGAAUAAAGGCAGUAGUUGGAAUUUCAAUACAAGGCACUGCAGCAUUUUUGGGUAUUUUUCGCUUUGCCAUGUCAAAACCAGAGGGUGGGAUUAUCUACAAAUGUCACAAAUUCAUGUCCUGGUUAGCUGCAGGUGCUGGAGUUCCUCUCAUCGCCAUGGAGUUUUGUGCAAAAUAUGGAUCAGCAAUGCUGGCAAACAAAAUCGCAAUUUUCUUGCUUGCUGUGAUUAUUGUUGCAGCCUUCCUUCCACCAAAAACUCAGGAAGUGGCUACCCAGGCAGCAAGUGGGUUCUCAAUGCUUGUCAUCCUUAUUCUUAGCUUCAGCAACAAGAACUACUUUGGGCUUGGAGCAGGGCUUACUUAUGUUAUUGCUGGUCUAGUCCUUAGCUCUGAAGGCUCCAUUUUGGGAUUUCCAAAUGUGGAUUGGCUGCACUAUGCAUUGAUAAUUGGAAAUUAUUUAUUCCUUAGGUCUAUUUAGGUGCAUUCAUACUGUGUGUAGAAUUUUCUUAAUGUUUUACAGUACUGUUUGGAACAGAAGACAAAUUCAGUUGAUGUUUAGGAUUUUUUUAUGAUAGACAUUUAGUUCCUUACUCUUCACUGGCUGUUGUCAAAUUCCAUUAUGUAAUAGAUGUAGCUGCUGAAUGUGAUAAAUGUGAAAAUUUUUGGCAGCAAAUGCAAAUUUAUUUUCAGUUUUCUAUUCAUAAACUUUCAUCUGUAUUUUUGCUGUUACAAAGAAAUAUUCUUAAUAGUAUGAUUUAGUUUUUUUUCCCUGAUGUAAUGUUUUUAAUUAUGUACAAAGUCGGAUUCAUUUUUCAUCAUGGACCAACAUUUUAUGAUACUACUCAGGGAAGUGGUAUGUUUUGUACUGUUGUACAAAUAUAAAUAAGAGCCAUGCAAAAAAUGAACAUUUGAAUGAACAUUAUAUCAUUCAUUGUAUAGGAUAUCUAAGUUUUUUUUAAAAAUCAAAUCAUCUUUUUGUACAGCAUUAAUAAUGAAUCAUCAGAAAUCUAUAUAUUUGAUAUGUUUUCAAUGUAUUUGAUAUAUAUAUGUACAACACCCUUCUCCUAUGUUCUGUAAGACUACAUUAUUUUCCCUGAUGGGUGUAAAGUUGGAAUGUGUUUUUAUUUUAUCAUUUCAAACUAUAUACUGCUUUGAUAUUGUCAUGUAGAUACUAGUCAAUAUGCUGUGCCAUCAUGGAAUAUGUUUUAUAUGGCAAAAAACAAUAUUUGAGCAUGUGGUGUGAUCUUUAUACAUGUACUCACUGAUCAUAUGAAAUGUACCAUCAGAAAAAUUAUCUCAAAAUUGGGCAUUCUCUUGUGCACACAUGUACACAUUUUUUCCAAUGCCAAUAAAUAGACUGAUCAUAAGUAUUGGAAUAUAUUUUGAUAGCAUUUUCAGUGUUAAAAAAUGAAUGAAACCAUUUUAGAUAUUUUUUUCAAUAACAGAUGUGUUUUUCAGUUUAGGAAGAGGGGGAGGGGUGGUAAUUUGUUAAGUGAUUCAAUGUUGUUUAACUCUCAGAAAUGAAUGUAAGACACAAGAAAUGUGCGUUUGUUAUUGUUAAGUGUACAUGCAAGUUAAUUUCUUCAGUUUAUACUGAGAUGUAUUAUCUGUGACCGUCAGAAUAAUUUUUUGUUUGAUUUUGUACAUUAAAAUAAUGUGUGGUUUAAAUUUUUUUCAAAUGACUGUCAGACAAUGUACAUAUCAUAUGUAUGUACCAGGUACUAUAUAUUAUAUUGUUUGUGGUUUUGUAAAAAUAUUGUGUAUUGUGUGUCGUGCUUGUGAAAUACAUGUAUGAUGUACAAGUACAUUACUUAAAUAAAGAGUCAAAAAUACGCAAAAUAAAA